AUGACAGAGAGCAACUUGACACUAGAAGAAUCGCAGGAGAACUGCUUGACUACGAUCGAUGUAGCUUCCAUAGCUUCAGCCCUGCACAGCGCCUUCCUUAGCUUCUCAGGGCUGGACGACCUAUGCGUCCGUUUUAUAAUCAAUCUGCCGGAGGAUGAUCUGAAAGACAUUCCGCGAAUAUGCUUUCAGGUCGAGGAAGCACAAUGGUAUUACGAGGAUUUUAUCCGGCCGCUGGACCCAUCUCUCCCAUCUAUGUCUCUCCGCAAUUUUUGUCUACGAAUCUUUGCUCACUGCCCCCUACUAUCGUCUUUCUCGCAAGGGCACCAUAUGCGAGCUUUCGAGGACUUCCUGGCGUACAAAACGAGAGUUCCGGUCAGAGGCGCUAUGAUGCUCAAUGCGAGUAUGGAUUCAGUUGUCCUGGUGAAAGGGUGGAAGAAAGGGGCUAGCUGGAGUUUCCCUCGGGGAAAGAUUGCCAAGGACGAAGAUGACUUGACUUGUGCCAUUCGUGAGGUCUAUGAGGAGACUGGCUUUGACUUGGACGCUGCUGGAUUAGUGCCACUUAAUCGAGAUGUCAAGUCCAUUCAAGUCAACAUGCGCGAACAACAAAUGCGGCUGUUCGUCUUUCGAAAUGUUCCUAUGGAAACACAUUUUGAGCCCAGGACACGAAAAGAGAUUAGCAAAAUAGAGUGGUGGUUGCUAUCAGAGCUUCCGGCGUUCAGGAAGAAGAGCCAGCAACAGCAGCAACAAAAACAGGCUGUCCCGAACUCUAGCAAGUUCUAUAUGGUUGCCCCUUUUCUGGUACCGCUACGAAAGUGGGUCAUCGAACAGAAGAAGAAAGAUGCACAGCGGCCUACAAGUAAUCAAUACCUAUCCGCUAACAUGAGCUACGAUGAGUUCUUGACAGAGGAAGAUCAAGGCGCAGAAUCAGCCACUCAGAUGCCUUCCCAUAAGAAACAUUCUGCCCCCGAACUAGACACCGACACAUUGGAGGGCGCUACUGCAGCUCUGAGCCGCCUAUUGAAAAUUCAACCAGCAACCCAGGGGCUACAGGCUGAAGCAGCGACUCAAUCACCGUCAAAGAAUUCAGGGGAAGCACUACUUGCCUUGCUCAAGCCAGCAGCAUCUAAUCAAUCUUUACCGACAAAUGCACCUCCUCAUACUCCUCUUGAGAAUAUAGUCAUGCAACCUGCUAUGCCUAAAACUCCUCACCAUCAACAGCCUCGUCCUCCACACUUUUCAAACAUUCCACCUCCACCGGAUUUCCCAAUACAGUCACGGGAUGAUUCUUUCUCCCACCGCGAAGGAAAUUACCAGAACAAUCGCCAUAAUGUAGCAGAAUUUCAGCAAGGUCAUGUAGGCCGUCAAAACCCUCCAAGACCCCAAGGAAAUCCCCAUUCUUAUCAAUCACAACACCUUAUACACCCUCAACCCCUUCCACCGCAUGUUCAGAGGGCUUUGUUUACUGGAGGACCCGUUAAUUCCCCUAUGGUUUCUCAAUCUAUACAGCAGAACCCCCCUCCUGUUCACAUGGCUGUCUCUGGACCCACAGGCGCCCCGAAAUUUCCUGGCCCGCAUGCAACAAUGGGCCCUCAAACUAUACAACAAACCCCAAAACUUACUAGUCAUUCGCUGGCUCUUCUCAACGCUUUCAAAACUCGAGAUCAAGCUGCUGAUGAGGUCUCCGGCUCCAAUGACCUUCCUCUUCAAAGAUAUACUGCGGCGCCAAAUCAACCAUCAAUACCAGCUCCCCGUGCCGUGCCUCAGGAACUUCCUGCUGAGGGAUUGCAACCUGGCCAAAUGCCACCACCACCUCAGAUCAAAGUUCGGCAGAAUGUCGGCCCAUUAACUCCCACUCCUCUUGCUCCCAGACAAUCUAUUAGUGCUACUCAGAAGUCGACACUUCUUGAUUUGUUCAGAAGUCCAACUUCGCAGCCUGCAUCAUUAGCCAAUAUAACUGGUGCUACAUCACUUCCUAUAAGUACGACGCCUUCAGUAGUUGAGCUCUCUGCAGUAGAACCCUUAUCAACCGGCGCUUCUACCACUUCCGCUCUACUCAACAGCAAGAGAACUCCUGACAAUUUGGCGAGUAAUGGAGCCGUUCCUGUCCUAAAUCCAGAAUCCAAUUUACCCUUCAGGGCUGUAUCAAUCCUUGGACGCCCGCCGAACAUGAGUGACAAGCAUUCUCCAGCAGCAGCUGGUUCGGAAUUGGAUAGCAAACCUAAGUCAAAUGGUAAAAAGCCGAUGGCGAGAAUGAACACUGGGCCACAUACGGUCAAGUCACCAGAGAAGCCGUUUCAACCUCAAAUUUUGAAACGACCACAACAAAGCUCGUCUAGGGCACAGCAAUCGCCUCCUGCUGUUCAACCUGCUGCCUCCGCAUUUGCUUCUCAGCAAAGCGCAUAUAGAUUGCAGCAGUCUCCUACAGCAGUUUCUCCUUCUUCAAACUUUCAGUCUUCACAAGGGUCUCUCAGAAUGCCGCAUUCCGCAACUACCAUUCAACAUCCAGUAUCGACCUUUGUUCCGCCACCUGAUCGACGGCCGAGCCAUGCUGUGGACCAUAAACAGAACCUGCUUUCCAUGUUUGGAAAGACACAGGCAGGUCCUAUUUCGCCACUAGGACGAGACGGUCCUUCAAUGGAGCCCUUAGCCUCAACAGUGAAGGCUAGUGCAAGAUCUAGAGUCGGGAGUCUUGCAUCUGGUGGUGAUAAGACAUCAAGACGUGGAAGCCAGACUCCUAUCUCGCCGGCAGACAAAGGUUUCUUGUUGGGUUACCUGGAAGCUGUAGCAAAGGGAAGUCGCUGA